CGCUCCCUCAGUCCACGCAUGUCCUUCGACCCGGUUUUACAACUUAACUGCCGUGUUUUACCGCCAGUCUAUUAUGCUGUGCGCAGCUGCCAGAGUAGGCCUUUAUGCAGUUCACCAUACAUUUCUUACCGGGUUCAAAACAGCACACUUUGAACAGCUCCGCAACAUGUCUCACUCUAAACUCCCCGUAACUCUGCUCGGAUCUAUGGCGUUCGGUGGACGCGCGGACGCGCACCUGAGCGCGCAAAUGGUCCAGGUGUUUCUUGAGCGCGGGCACAAGGAGCUGGACACUGCAUACAUGUACAAUGAUGGACAAUCAGAGACCAUCAUAGGAGGUCUGGAACUCCCCAAAACAGUUAGAAUUGCCACUAAAGCAAACCCCUGGGACGGCAAGACACUCAAACCUGAAAGUGUUCGUCAUCAGCUGGAAACAUCCCUGAAGAGACUGUGCACUCAGUGUGUGGAUCUCUUUUACCUGCACGCGCCAGACCACCAAAACCCCAUUCAAGACACAUUACAGGCCUGCAAUGAACUCUAUAAAGAGGGCAAAUUCAAGGAGCUGGGCUUAUCAAACUAUGCAUCAUGGGAAGUGGCCGAAAUCUACUGUAUCUGCAAACACAAUAACUGGGUGCUUCCUACUGUAUAUCAGGGCAUGUACAACGCAACCACACGGCAAGUGGAGACAGAACUGUUGCCAUGUUUAAGAUACUAUGGCAUGCGCUUCUUUGCAUACAAUCCCCUGGCAGGUGGGCUGCUCACUGGGAAGUAUCACUAUGAAGAUAAAGAUGGAGCUCAGCCUGCAGGUCGAUUCUUUGGCAACAACUGGGCUGGUGCCUACAGGGACAGAUACUGGAAGGAAAGUCAUUUUCAGGCCAUAGAUGUUGUUCAGAAAGCUCUGGAAGCAGCAUACGGCUCGGAGAAACCGACACUUACGUCAGCUGCUAUACGCUGGAUGUAUCAUCACUCUCAACUCAAGGGAGAUCUGGGUGAUGGCGUCAUUAUAGGGAUGUCCACCAUGGAUCAGCUGAAUGAGAACCUGACGGCAGCUGCAGAAGGUCCACUCAAACAGGAAGUCGUGGACGCUUUCAAACAUGCCUGGGAUUUAGUAGCUCACGACUGUCCAAACUACUUCCGCUAGACAGCACCAUAGCAACAAGAGAAAAGGAUCCCCAAUUAUAUGAACCAUGAUUUAUAAGAACUAACACAGAUCAUUUAAUUUUUUUAUGGACAAAUUAUUUUUUCGGAUGAAUGAACAGUGAUGAAUUGAGUUGGAUCAGCCUUCAUCUUACUAAUAAACUCAUGCAAAUGACAGGUCUCUACUGGUCUCCGCACCGUAAAUGCUGACAUUAGGAUGCAAUAUGAUCUGCUUUAUGUCCAUCUUACAGAGAUGAAAUAACUUCUCCAGUAAGAAUAACACAAUCACCUGUUUGCCUCAGUACAGCUGAUGUAGCUUGUCUUACACCUUGUUUUUAUACUAUACAAUGCCUAACUAGUAUGACAUUGGCAGUGGUGUUUACAAACCAAAAACAGAGGCACACAACUGAACACAGAGGGUUCAGGUGACUUUGACCGUCGCUGGGUAAAAGAACUCACAAAUCACUGAGAAAACGCACUUUUCAUGCGUCUUUGUCGGAUCAACACAAAUAAAGAAAAUGUUCAUUGAAAGUC